GGAGAGAGAGGGAGAGGGAGGAGAGGGACAGACUGUAUGUUCAGCUCUCUCCUUCAUUCAUUUUCCUUCAGUCCGUGACUGACGUGACUUACGUGUGGCUGCCAGAAGCCUCACCUCUGUGCAAUCAUGAUUCGGGCCAUCUGUCCCAUUCGUGUUCUCCUCUUUGCGCUCCUCUUCGUGUGCGCGGACGCCCGUCCCGAUUCGCCAGGCCGCUUAAGGCGAGCUCCUGCUGCCAAAGUGCGACUGGCAGGUAUCGGCAACAGAGAAAACGAGGGAAGAGUUGAAGUCCUGCACAACGGGACGUGGGGCACCGUGUGCGACGAUGAAGUCGACAUUAAACUCGCUAAUGUGGUUUGCAGGGAGCUUGGCUUCCAAAGUGGCAUAACAUGGGCGCACAGUGCCAAGUACGGAGAGGGAGAAGGCCCCAUUUGGAUGGAUAAUGUGAGGUGUGAAGGAACGGAGAAAACUCUGAAAGACUGCAAGUCGAACGGAUGGGGCGUUCAUGACUGCAAACACUCUGAGGAUCUCGGGGUGGUCUGCAGUCCCGAGAGAAGGCUGGACCAAGUUCACCCUGGAGUCACCAGAAGAGGGCACACCAUUUCCCUCAGGCCCACAGUCACCUCGAACCGUUGGCAGGACAUUUACUCCAAUUCAAGGACACCUGCACAUCUCAGACAAGGCAACGGACAUUCCCAGGAUCUUACCAGAUGGGAUCAACCCUCCAGACAGCAGUUUCAUAAUCCGUCUGCCAGUAGGGUGAAGAUCGAGGAAGUCCGCCUCAAGCCGAUCUUGAUGGUUACAAAGAGGCGUGCUCUAGUUACGGAAGGUGUGGUGGAAGUAAAGCAUGCUGGGAGAUGGAGACAGGUGUGUGAUAAAGGCUGGAGUCUGAACAGCAGCAGAGUUGUGUGUGGGAUGCUUGGCUUUCCUGAUGCGGAGCUGCCCAACACGAACACCUACAAAAAAAUAUGGGAUAAAAAAGUCAAGGAUUCCACAACCAGAUUGAGUCAGAUGACCAAGAAGAAGGGAUUCUGGGUUGAGAAAGUACAUUGUCUGGGCACAGAGCCCAGUCUGGCGGAGUGUCAUGCCCAGCUGUCAAUCCCUCGAAGCCCUGGCCCCUGUAAGAACGGUCGCUAUGCUGUGGCCCGCUGUGUCCCAGGACCUCAGUUUGCCCGUAUGUCCUCUGGCAGACCCCAGGCACCUCACCCCGCAGAGCUGUCAGUGCGUCUGAAGGCAGGACCGCGUCUGGGAGAAGGAAGAGUCGAGGUUCUCCGUGAGGGAAAGUGGGGAACCGUGGUUGACCACCGGUGGGACCGGAUGUCAGCCAGUGUGGUGUGCAGAGAGCUGGGCUUCGGCACUGCCAAAGAAGCUCUUACUGGGGCGUACAUGGGUCAAGGGACGGGGCCGAUCCACAUGAACUCAGUGCAGUGCACUGGCACAGAGCGCUCCAUUUUGGAUUGUUACUUCCAGGAAGUCCCUCCCUGGACAUUCAAACACAGCCAGGACGCUUCUGUCAGAUGUUAUGUUCCUAAGACGGGUUUCGAGACCACGGUGCGGUUGGCGGGCGGCCGAGACCCGGCUGAGGGUCGUGUGGAGGUGCUCAUGGAGGUCGGCGGCAGAAAGCGCUGGGGGACGGUUUGCAGUGAGAACUGGGGAAUAAACGAAGCCAUGGUGGUGUGCAGGCAGCUGGGCUUUGGUUUCGCCGCACGUGCCCAUCAGGACACAUAUUAUUGGCAAGGGGACCCUUCAGCAGAAGAAGUGCUGUUGAGUGGGACUCACUGUGUGGGAACAGAAAUGUCCGUCCAGCAGUGCCGUCGUAACAAUUAUGUCCACUGCCCUCGAGGAGGCGGAGCUAAAGCAGCAGGUGUCACCUGUUCUGAAACGGCGCCGGACCUGGUUUUGGAUUCGCAGCUCGUGCAGGAGAGCGCUUACCUGGAAGACAGGCCUCUGCACCUGCUCACCUGUGCACAUGAGGAGAACUGUCUCUCUUCCUCUGCCAGCCGUAUGCAGUGGCCGUACGGGCACCGCCGCCUUCUGCGUUUCUCGUCCCGUAUCAUGAACUUGGGCAGAGCCGACUUCCGUCCGAGAGCCUCAAGAGAGUCCUGGACCUGGCACCAGUGCCACAGGCAUUAUCACAGCAUCGAAGUGUUCACGCAUUAUGACCUCCUCACACUCAACGGAAGCCGAGUGGCCGAAGGACAUAAAGCCAGUUUCUGUCUGGAAGACACCUACUGCCCUGAAGGACUUCACAAGCGCUUUUCGUGUUACAAUUACGGAGACCAAGGCAUUUCGGUGGGUUGUUGGGACACUUACCGCCACGAUAUCGACUGCCAGUGGAUAGACAUCACUGAUGUCAGACCUGGAGACUAUAUCAUGCAGGUUGAAGUAAAUCCAUCGCUGGACAUGGCUGAAUCAGACUUUAUGAACAACGUCAUGCGUUGUCGAUGUAAAUAUGAUGGACACCGAGUGUUUAUGUAUGGCUGUCACGCAGGUGAUGCCUACAGUGCAGAAACUGAGGAUUUAUUCGAACAUCAGCGUCAGAUCAGCAACAACUUCGUUUGAGCCCGGUAAAGAGAGGUGAGAGGAGAGGGUGUUCAUUAAUGGCUCCCGGAAAUACGGCUAAUUGGGCGAUAAACUGGGUGAAAGAUGAGAUCUCAGUUGUCUACCAAUAGCACUAAUGAGUGGAUGUUACAUCGCUAAACGAUUUUCUCUGUGGAACUGAAUUAACCCUUCCAGAUGAUCAAGGAAAGACUUAGUUCACCCAAAAUUAGAUUCUGUCAUGAUUUGUCUUUGUAUUUUGUAUUUGACUUUUGUUAGUAAGUACAGUAACAUACUGGUUUUCCUUUUGCAAUGAAUACAGAUUGGAGCUUAUUUUUAGGAACUAUAUUUAAGACGGUGUCUGUGUUUCUCUCUUGAGAUCUACUACGGAUGCCAAAUUUUUUUGUAGAUAACUUAAAGUGCCUUUACUAUGGGUUAUGAAAGGUUGAUAUUUUGGUUUUGGGAUUCCCCAUUAACAAACUGACGUGCAUGCAAGGUCAAAAAAAAAACACUUUCAUUUUCUUAUAAUAUGCAUUUAAUUUUAACUUAUUUGUUCAACGACUCUCAACCGAUUCGAUCGAAACUAUUAUUUUUAGCUUUUAACGCUCCAAAAGCACACCUAAUGACAAAGAAUGAAUUUGCAUUUUCAUUCAGACCAACGCAAAAAAUCAAGCGGGCGGUCAAUAUGCUUAUGUUUCAUUUUGACGUCAACGUGAAACGGCUUAGGACUUUUUUUAACUUGUUUUGACUUUGUACAUGGUGCGCUUUCAGAUUUAAAACAGGAUGUUUUGUUACACACUGCAUGAAAGGUCAUUUUCAGUGAGUCUGCAUGGCACGCAUGGUUUUGUAUCAGAAGAUUGGGUAUUGAUAGUUCCAGUCCUUUUACUAUCAUUUUAUUGAAUAGAGUGGAUUAUAUCAUAUUCUGUCGUAUGAGUCAUAUGAAUCAUACGAGUGUCUUCUAAGGCCAAUUCACACUGUACUGACAGAUUGCGACCAAUGGCAACAGAUUUGCUGGUCUGGUUUUGUCUGAUCAGUGUGCCAUCGUCUGCUGGCAUUGGUGAGCACUUGUUUUUGCCAAUUGAAUCGACAUUUUUCGGCUCUGUGAAUAUCUGAGAAGUGACUGGUCAGCUGUCGGCGCUGGUCUGUGUCUGACGGUGUGCUGUGAAUUGGCUUUUAGUGGUCACUGUUUUCACAGUAGACUCUCUUAUCGGACUAAUACCCAGAGCUUUGGAAUGAGUUGCGUGUUUAGAAAUCCUUUGCUUUCCUUUUUAAACUUUUACUGGCUCGGUUAGUUUGACAUCCAGUGAAACCCUGUGCAGCAGAGGCCCUUUUCCCGAGCCACAGGAGUUGGUAAAUAAAGCCAGAAUCUGUAUUUUUUUUAGGUGUUAACUGUUUCUUUAGGAUUCCAUAAAUUAUUGUCCUUUGAAUGAUUAGGACAUUGUUUUCUAAGACUAGUUAGCUCCAGUUGUUGUUGAUCAUCUGGAUAAAAAUAAAACAUCAUGUAAAAUCUGUCGUUUUUGGGACCAUGAGACUAGCGUUAGAAAAUAAUGAAUUUUUUAUUGUUUUCACGUACCCAUAUAUUUAUUUCUUGAAGUUAUAGAUUAAUUAUAGAAUAAUUGUGUAAUUAUAAGAUAAAUAUAUUUGUACAAUGUUUAAUAUUUUAAUUUUAACUACAUUUUACCAAAAAAAAGAGUCCUUUUCUGAUCUACUUUUCCUGACAUCAAAAUGCAGUUUGUUCACUUCUUCUGUUCAUUUAUGAGUUUUAUAUCUUAUUUUAAUUCUUCUGUUUGAGCUAUGCACUUUAUAAAUGGAUGUCAGUAUUCUGGAAGAAACAGGCCCUUCACUUCCAUCUUUCAACACACACUUCUGUUUGUUUGCUUAUUAACAUGUCGAAGUAUUUAUGCCUUCUUUCCAUUUUUUUUUAUAAUAUUCUUUUUUUAAAUAAUUCUCCGGCGACUUAAUCCUAAAGGGUAACAAUGGCUGUUGUAUAUGCUGAAGAUUAAUUUAUUUAAUUACAUUGUUAAGCAAAAUUUCCAGAUGAAAGUUUUAUUCGUUUAUAAACGCUUGCUAAAUGUCUGACUGCUUUAAUGUAGCCGAUUUAACAUGUUCGAGGUUUGGAAUUUGUUAAAUAUGUACUUGACGCUUUUUUUUAACAUCCAUGAGUAUAAAGAGUACGUUGUUACGGUGUUGCAAGCAGUCCUGAAAAGCAUUCACAGUGAUGCUGGGAACGAACAUUUAUGGCCCAGAGCUUUAAAUGUAUUUUUAAAGUAGUGAAACCUUUGUGUACAAAUGGUAAAAGCAACAACACUUUUUUGAGCUGUACUGUAUCAGUUUUUACUUUUGUAAUUUUUGCACAGUACAAGACAUUGUAUAACAACAGUUAUUGUGCAUGUGAUGAACUGAUGAACUGACUUUAUUUUUACUGUGUAUCUUAAAUCCUUGUGUUAUUUAUCCUAAGGACAUCAACUUAUGUAAUUUCCAUUUUUAUAAUGUAGUGUUUUUUUAAACAUUUGUAAAAUCAUAAAUAUGACUGAUUUUAUUCUGUCCCUGUAUUUUGUACUUUACUUUCACCAUGUUACUCUUGAUUUAUUUCACCUAUGCUUUUAUUUAUAAUUCACAUGUUACUGUGUGCUCCUAGUUCUUAGCUCUUAGUGGUGCAUUAAUUGAUUUCAGUCCAUUAUUAUCAUAUACAUAUAUGUGUGUGUGUUUGUGUGUGUGUCUGUGUGUGUGUGUGGAUAAAAUCAGGUGCUAAUUGUUCGCUUUUCUGUGAGUUUAGAGGUUAAGCUUUUAAUGCAAUUAGCAGUACUUUCAGGGAUGAAACGUGUGUCUUUUCCAGUUUGUCCAGAAUCAUUUCAGCCAGGAUAGAUAUAAAUUAUUUCGAACAAUAUUCCAGAAACUGCAACGUGACGUAAACUCUUCUUACUGUUUUGUGAUUAAUGUUACAGUAGUAAGACUAUGCAAACAACUGAUCUCAAAUGUGAAUAAAUAUCGCUCAUCAGGUCUCAUUUAGCUGCCCGUACUCUGUUUUUAUGCUCAUUGUAUACCAUAACCCACUGCAAGGGGACUCCAUUAACAAUAAAUGUG